AUGGUGAUCAACCUGGAACCAUAUGUCAUGUUGGAUUUCUCCAGUCAUAGAGCUUUUUCCGUCUUGCCUAUGGUAGUACGUAUAACGAGCAGUGUGCUCAGGCUUCCUAUAGCCAAGUUCAUUGACGAAUUCGGUCGAGCUCACGGCUUCCUCAUGGUAACCGCCCUCGCGGUUUUGGGUCUUUUCAUCCAGGCUGUAGCCCGAAACCUAGCGACAAUCGUUCUCGCUCAGCUUUCUCAAGGUAUUGGGUUCAACUCUGUGGAUUACGUCUUGACUAUCAUUUUAGCGGACAUGACAUCACUCAGAAACCGAGCUCUGAUUUACGGCAUCUAUGUGACGCCCAUCGUCGUCACAAUGUUCCUAGCGCCACAAAUCGCUGAGUCUAUGCAGGCUCAUUUUGGCUGGCGCUCCGCAUCUGGAGUUUCCGCCAGCAUCAUGACCCUCAUUUCACUUCCCAUUUCUGUUGUCCUUUUUGGUGCUCAGCGCCAUUCCAGUAUCGCAGAUCGCCCGAGAGACUACAAUUACACUACGCCAAGUUCCCGUGGACGUUGGAGCCGCUUCAUUGUCGAAAUCGAUUGUCCGGGUGUUGCUCUUGCAAUACUUGGACUCUGCUUGACCUUAUCCUCCUUUCCUUACGCAUCUACAGCCCCGAGUGAUCGGAAAAGCGACGCAAUAUCCAUGCUCGUUUUUGGACUUACUAGCUUGGUUGGAUUUGUUGUAUGGGAAAAACGCUUGGCUCCUGUCACUUGCCUCCCUUGGCCUUUCAUGAAAAGCCGAAGCAUCCUUGGCGGCUGUCUGACGGCAGUAUUUUCAAUGGCAUCCGUGCAGUGCUGGAGUUCCUACUACAGCUCGUAUCUUCAGGUGGUUAAUUGCCAGACAAGCGCUUCUGCUGGCUACAUUGCCAGCGUACGUCCAUUCGCCUUCGCGGUGGCUGCCCCAUUCAUUGGACUGCUCAUUCGGACCACUGGGAAUUACAGAUUUCCGGCUCUCUUCGCUGUUAUCGUCCUGGGGAUUCCCACCGGGCUUCUUCUGGGGUACCGCGGCCCCGAGUUCUCAGUUCACGUCCUGUCCAGAUACCAAGCCAUGAUAGGAUUUUGUGAGACAUAUCUCAUGUCUUGCAGUCAAAUGGCAGUCAUGGCAAACAUCCACCACAACGAUAUUGCUCUUGGUGUGGGAAUUUGGGGCAUGUCUCUGUCAGUAGCAUUUGCCAUCGUUUCUUGCUUCUCCCAGGCAAUAUGGACGGGCGUUGUGCCCAAAGUCUUGGAAGAUGCUCUCCCAGCCGACAGCAAGAACCUUACCACGCAGAUAUAUGGCUCUUUAGAUAAACAAAUGGAGUAUCCAUGGGGGAGUUUGAUACGCAAUGCUGUUGUAGCAGCGUACUUGGCAGCCCAAAAACAAAUGGUCAUUGCGGGUAUAUGCUGCGUACCGGUGGCUUUCGCGUGCCUAUUCAUGUGGAAGGAUACCAAUGUGAGGAAUCGCAACGAUCGCGAGUACCUUGGGGAAAGAGAUGUAAUAUAUUAG